AAGAUUCAUCGAACUUCAAAAUUUUCCUCUUGAUUUUUGUAUCACUUUAUCGAUCAUCCACUCGAAAUUCAUAUAUUAAUCGACCCAAGAAGUAAUUUUUUAAAAUAUCCAAACCAAGGCCCUGCGUAUAAAUUGAUAUACUCGCAUAUCCAAAUCAAACACCGAUUCGAAGGUUGCAACAAUGGCGGACAAGUACGAGAAGGAGAAUUUAGCCGAAAAGUACCUAGAAGGAAGGCCGAGAUCUUACCCCGCCGAAUGGUACUCCAGACUCGCUGCUCUCACUGCCGGCCACUCCCUCGCUUGCGACUUCGGCACCGGCAACGGCCAAGCCGCUCUUGGCGUUGCAGAGCAUUACAAGAAAGUAAUCGGAAUCGAUGUGAGCAAAUCGCAAUUAGAAUGCGCAAUGAAGCACGAAAGGGUUCAAUACCUCCAUUUACCAGCGUCGAUGAGCGAAGACGAGAUGGUAAAAUCAAUCGGCGAGGAGAACACCGUAGAUCUAAUCAUUUCCGCCGAAGCCGUACACUGGUUCGAUCUGCCGAAAUUCUACGCCGUCGCCACUCGUCUUCUCCGGAAACCCGGCGGAAUCAUCGCGGUGUGGGGAUAUUACUACAUAUCGUUGAACGAGGCGUUCGAUGCUGCGAUGAAUCGAUUGACGGAAGCGACGCUGCCUUAUUGGGAUGAGAAAGUCAAGGAAUAUGUACUGAAAGGCUACCGAACGAUGCCGUUUCCGUUCGAGAGCGUGGGAAUAGGAUCGGAAGGGAAGCCGGAGGAGAUGGAGAUGGAGCAGAAGUUUUCCUUUGAAGGAAUGUUGAAGUACCUGAAAUCGAUGGGGCCGGUGAUUACGGCGAAGGAGAACGGCGUUGAUGUGAUGUGUGAAGAAAUGGUUAAGGAAUUGAGAGAUGCUUGGGGCGGAGGAGGAGAUUUGGUUCGAACCGUCGUCUAUAAAUGCUUUAUGAUUGCCGGAAAAGUUAAAGCGUAAUGGAUUGCCCGUCAUGUUAACUUUAACGAACGAAGGACAUAAUGAUUCAUCAACCAUUCGAUCUACCAAAUCCAAAUAGUUUUAUUUCUUUAGUUGAGUGUCUUUGUAUUUUUUGUUAGGUUGGAUCUUAAGAUGACUUUGGGAGAAUAAUAAAGGGUGUGACACUUGGUCAAAAGUUUUUUUUAUUAAGCAUUGGAUCGAUGCUAAAUAUUAGAACUAUGAUCAUGUCAAUGUUAGCAAUCGAGAACUAUUUAGUGAAAAUUCUACUCGUUUGGUCAAAAAGAUGGUCUCGUGGAUUGGUUCGUA